GAUGAUGCAAGGGUAACAAAUAAAACUAUAAAAACUCUCUGCAACUGUCUUCCUCUCUCCUCUGUUCCUCUCUCUCUCUCUCUCUCUCGAGCUCACCACCUUCGCUUACACGACUUGCUCUUCUCUCUCUGCAACAAGUAGAAACUUUUUUAGGGUUUCACGAACUCCCUUGUGCACUCUACAGCUUAUCAAACCAUAUUCGCCUCGAAACUUCUGUCUUCGUGUGUUCCGCAACGCUCCCCGUUUUCCCCCCUUUCCUCUGUGACCGUGCUGGCAUGGUUCCUUCAUUUGUUUGCUUCGCCGGUGUCGCCCAUGAGCAUUGGUUCUAGGGUUUGCGCAUGCGAUUUUUUGUGUUUGUCUGCGCCCUCCAUGUGCUCGAUUCGGGGCUUGUCGUCUACUGGUCUAGAAUUUGAAGAUUGUUCUUGUAAAUUCUAGGGUUCAAAGGUCGAAAACUUAAUCAGGGAGUGGUGGCACGGGGCGUGUGAGCUGGGAUGAAUAGUGUCUUCAGUGAACAGAUACUGGCAGAUAAGCUUUCAAAGCUCAACAGCACCCAGCAGUGUAUCGAAACAUUGUCCCAUUGGUGCAUUUUUCACCGGAGCAAAGCAGAACUGGUUGUUACAACAUGGGAUAAACAGUUCCACAGUUCACAGAUGGCCCAGAAAGUUCCCCUUUUGUACCUUGCAAAUGACAUCCUACAGAACAGCAAACGUAAAGGGAAUGAAUUUGUUAGUGAGUUUUGGAAAGUUCUUCCUGCAGCACUUAAAGAUGUUGUUGAGAAAGGCGAUGACAGCGGAAAGAGUGUGGUCUCCAGAUUGGUUAAUAUAUGGGAAGAAAGGAGAGUAUUUGGAUCUCGUGAGGCGAGCCUCAAAGACAUAAUGCUUGGAGAAGAAUUGCCUCCGCCGCUGGAGUUCAACAACAAAAAGCGUUCACGUUCUUCUGUGAGAAUUGUGAAAAGGGAUUCCCGUUCCAUAAGAACGAAAUUGUCAAUUGGAGGAACAGCAGAGAAAAUAGUUUCGGCAUUUCACUUGGUGCUUAGCGAACAGCCCAGUGAAGAUGCAGAGAUGAGUAAAUGCAAGUCGGCAGUCCAUCGUGUGAGGAAGAUGGAAAAAGAUGUUGAUGUUGCCUGUGCUAAUGCAAAGGAUCCAAAUCGAAAAAAUUUGGCCAAAGAGCUGGAGGAGGAAGAAAAUGUUCUGAAGCAGUGUAUUGAGAAACUUAAAUUAGUCGAAGCAAAUAGAAUAGCCCUUGUAGCUCAGUUAAGAGAAGCUCUACAUGAACAGGAAUCUGAAUUGGAGAAUGUCCGCACACAAAUGCAGGUGGCUGAGGCACAAGUGGAGGAAGCUGGCAACAUGCGCAACUGGCUGAAUGAUGAAAAUUAUGUUGCGGUUUCUAAACCUUCCACAACCACUGCUCCACCAACAAAUGCAAAUGCAAAUGCAAGAGUACAAGCACAGAAGAGGACAGCUGCAUCCAUUGCAGCUGAGGUUGCAGACAAGCUUGCAGCUUCUAGUUCCUCUCGGUUAAUCAUGACUUCUGUUCUCUCGACAUUUGCAGCUGAAGAAGCCAAGAAUGCUGGUUUGACGAAGUCCUCUGCUGCUGCAAACUCUUUCACAACAACGAUGCCUGUGAGCAAUUCAAUGUCAAAACCUGAAAAAAUAAAGCAAAUUCCAGAUUCCAAUGCUUUUAUACCAUCACAGCCUCUCCCUGUGCCAAACCAUCCAUAUCAAGCCGUUUUGGUAUCCCAACCAACAAUGCCCAGCCAGGCUCCGGCUGCUCAAGCUCAAUACCAUUUACUGCCAAACCCAUCGUCUCAGCAGUAUAUGCAACCCACAGGAGGAAUCAUGAACCCAUAUGGUUAUGGUAGCAUUCCGCCCUUGCCACCAGGGCCGCCACCCCCAGCCCAAAUGGUGAGUCCUAUUGUGCCUUUAACUCAGCAGUCCCUGCAAAUGGUGGGUCAGCAGCAACCUAUUCCUUUGGCCCAGCAGCCCGUAGCAUUGACACAGUCACAACCAGUAAUGUUAACUCAGCAGCCGCCACCAGCAGCUCCUAGUUUCCGGCCGCUGCAGCCUCCUUCAGCAGUGUACUAUAGUCACCCGCAAUGAUGGAAAUUCUGAGUUGGCAGGCAAUUCUGACAAUGUGACCUUGUUCUUUGGCAGAAGCAUUUUUCGAGGGAAUUUCUUAAUUUUGUUUGUGCAAUAUGCCUUUGUUAAAAUACAACACAUCGAUAUUCUGACAAUAAUCUGCACCCGAGGAGCAACCUAAGACGCAGGUGAAGGAUAUCGAUUGUCUUUUUCAUCCAGUUAGAAAUAUGAGCGAAAGAAUACUGUUUUGUAGGCCUCUAUUGUGGUGCAGUCAUGUUCCCCGACCUUACUCUGCCCUUGUCAAGUAUACCCUUGAAAUCAUGGUUUUCGGACUAUGCACAAGCUUUGUAUGUGCAUGCUACAUGGGAGGAAAAGGCGUUGCCUUCAUUGGUUGAUCUACGAGCAUCUCGGCUGCUAGGUGUUGAUCUCCUGGCUUUUGAAAUCCAGUCAGCUUGUCAUCUCCGCUCAACUCUGGAACCAAAUGGUAUUAAUUUCUUUGUUUCAGUGCCACAGGUUCCAUUGUAUUUUGCAAGUCUCUACUUGGGGCAAUAAUUUCUGCCAAGUUAAAUCGUAUUAUCUUAGCAUGGUGAGCCAAAGCCAGGUUUGAGACGCAAAGCAACCCCUUAAAUUGGGGUUAUAGUGAAGUUAACCCUUCA